AUGAGGAAGUCCUGGGGAGCGACUGCAGAGCACGGCGACUAUACUGAACAGCACCGCACUCAUCACAGGAAAGCAGCGGUCGUCCUGGGAGGCGGUGAGGGCCUCAGCCAACACUACCGUGGUGAUCGUUUCGCCAUGCACACGUGUAUCAGCUCGGCACGCGGGAAGGAAGGUGGAGGCUGCCCUGGGACCCGCGAGCACUGGGCCCACCACCAGAGCUUGAGCUCCAACAUGGCUGCAGGUGCGCCAGCGACGGUGGCUGCUUCCAGGAAGGAGUCUCCGGGCAGAUGGGGCCUGGGAGAGGAGCUGCCAGGCGUGGGCCCAUCGCUGCAGUGCCGCGUGUGUGGAGACAGCAGCAGCGGGAAGCACUACGGCAUCUACGCCUGCAACGGCUGCAGCGGCUUCUUCAAGAGGACCGUGCGCCGGAGGCUCAGCUACCGGUGCCAGGUGGGAGCGGGGAUGUGCCCGGUGGACAAGGCCCACAGGAACCAGUGCCAGGCCUGCCGGCUGAAGAAGUGUUUGCAGGAGGGCAUGAACCAGGACGCCGUGCAGAACGAACGCCAGCCGCGAAGCACGGCCCAGGUCCGGCUGGCCAGCACGGAGUCAGGCCCCGAGUCCCGGCUGGAGCCCCUGGCGGGCCCCCUGGCCCCAGCGGGGCCCAGCCCACGGGGCCCCACGCCUGUUUCUGCAGCCAGAGCCCUGGGGCCGGGGGCCCUCACGCUGCCGGGGCACCACCACUUCAUGGCCAGCCUUAUAACAGCCGAAACGUGUGCUAAGCUGGAGCCGGAGGAUGCCGAUGAGAACAUUGACGUCACCAGCAAUGAUCCCGAGUUUCCCUCAUCCCCAUACUCCUCCUCAUCCCCCUGUGGCCUGGACAGCAUCCAGGAGACAUCAGCGCGCCUUCUCUUUAUGGCUGUCAAGUGGGCCAAGAACCUGCCCGUGUUCUCCAACCUGCCCUUCCGCGAUCAGGUGAUCCUGCUGGAGGAGGCAUGGAGCGAACUCUUCCUCCUUGGAGCCAUACAGUGGUCUCUGCCUCUGGACAGCUGCCCGCUGCUGGCCGCGCCGGAGGCCUCGGCGGCCGGCAGCUCCCAGGGCCAGUUGGCACUGGCCAGCGCGGAGAGCCGCAUCCUGCAAGAAACAAUCUCACGCUUCCGAGCCCUGGCGGUGGACGCCACAGAGUUCGCCUGCUUGAAGGCCCUGGUCCUCUUCAAACCAGAAACUCGCGGCCUGAAGGGUCCUGAGCACGUGGAGGCCUUGCAGGACCAGUCCCAGGUGAUGCUGAGCCAGCACAGCAAGGCGCACCACCCCAGCCAGCCUGUGAGGUUUGGGAAAUUGCUCCUGCUUCUCCCAUCUUUGAGGUUUAUCACUUCUGAACGAGUUGAGCUCCUCUUUUUCCGCAAGACCAUAGGGAAUACUCCAAUGGAGAAGCUCCUUUGUGAUAUGUUCAAAAACUGAGGGAGGUGGAAGUAAAACGGGUCCAGCUACUUUGGAAAACAACCUACUGAGGCCACUCAUUUGCCUGCCCAGUGACCCAGCAAUUCCACCUGUAGGCAUGGGAGUACCAAGCAGAAAUGUCCACCAAAAGUUGACAUUAUAAAAAUAUUCACAGCAGCUUUAUUCAUAAUAGCCCCUGACUAUCUGCAGUAGGAUGAAUUAAUAAAUUGUGGUAUAUUCAUUUUAAUGGAAAACAGCAAUCAAGAAGAAUGAACUACCGACACAUGUGACAGCAUGGAUGAAUUUCACAGACAUAGAACGAAAAGAACUUUGCCAGGCACAGCUUCUGCUCAUACAAAGUUGAUGAACA